AUGGCCAUGAAUAAUGCCUUUCUCUUCCUUCUCUUCUCCGUUUUAAUAUCUUGCUUAGUAUCUCCAGCCCUGGGGAAGAAACCAGCGGAAGCACUUGACAACCUUUACAGAGCUAAGAAAAGCUCCGCCAUCGACGCUACCCAUUUCGAGGCAAUCAAGCUAGUUGAACAACCAGAGGUGCUGCCACAGGAGGGACUGAAAGAGCAGGACAUAAUCGAGAGAUUGCCGGGUCAACCCAGCGUUGGGUUCACUCAAUACGGUGGGUACGUCACCGUUAACAAGACUGCCGGUCGACCUGGUUGUUCUUCCCUUCUCGGAGCAACGUUGGAGCUCGGACCCUUCCGCGUCCACAGCGAUGGCAGAACUCUCUUCACGAACCCAUUUGCGUGGAAUAAUGCUGCAAACGUGUUGUUCUUGGAGUCGCCGGCCGGAGUUGGGUUUUCGUACUCGAACACAACAUCGGAUAUUGUGGCCAGCGGGGACAUGAGAACGGCGUCCGAUAACUAUGCGUUCUUGCUGAAUUGGCUGGAGAGGUUUCCCGAGUACAAGAACAGGGACUUUUAUAUAGCCGGCGAGAGUUACGCCGGCCAUUACGUGCCCCAGCUCGCCACCACCAUCCUUGCCCAUAAUAAGAUUGCCGAAAAGACCCUCAUCAAUCUCAAAGGCAUCAUUAUCGGAAAUGCAGUAAUGAACGAUGAAACAGACACGUGGGGAAUGGUUGACUACUGGGGAAGUCAUGCCCUAAUUUCGGAUGAAACAUUGCACAAAAUCCAUCAAUACUGCAAUUUCUCCCCCAACGCCAACACUUCCGACCAAUGCAACAAUGCAGCCGAGCAAGUUGGUAACGACCUUGGGGACAUCGACAUGUACAAUAUUUAUGCUCCUCUCUGCCUCUCCUCCAACCUCACAGUGAAACCCAAGAAAGCAUCCGUAUUGAACUACGAUCCCUGCAGUAUGGAUUAUGUGCAAGCUUACCUUAACCGGCCUGAAGUUCAAAAGGCCCUACAUGCCAACGUCACCAAGCUCAAUUAUGAUUGGGCACCAUGCAGCGAAGUCCUCCAGAAGUGGGAAGAUAGCCCUCCAACAAUUCUUCCUCUCCUCCAAGAGAUCAUGGCUAAUGGGCUUCGACUGUGGGUAUAUAGUGGUGAUGUAGAUGGAAGGGUACCAAUCACUUCAACUAAAUAUUCUCUUAAUAAGUUGAUGCUUCCCGUAAAGACUGCAUGGUAUCCUUGGUUCCUUGACGAAGAGGUUGGGGGAUACACCCAAGUGUACAAAGGAGACUUAACACUCGUAACGGUGAGAGGAGCAGGGCAUCUAGUGCCGAGCUACCAGCCUCCAAGAGCUCUUUCUCUCAUCCAGCACUUCCUAGCGGGGAUACCUCUCCCUUCUUCUUCUCAAACACGCAAGUCAUAA